AUGGCCAAACGCAAGCGUCAGCCAGCAGACUCGACCGCUGCCCUGCUCCCCCAGAAAAGACACUACCGCCAGCGCGCACACGCCAACCCCUUCUCCGACCACGCCCUCGCCUACCCCGCCCACCCCGCCGCCGUCGACUGGGCCGCCCACUACCCCGCCUUCGCCGCCACCGGCAAGACCCCCGAGUUCGCAGACAUCGGCUGCGGCUUCGGCGGCCUCCUCGUCGCCCUCGCCCCGCUCUUCCCCGACGCCCUCAUCCUCGGCCUCGAGAUCCGCGUGCAGGUCUCCCAGUACGUAGAAGACCGCAUCGCAGCCCUCCGCGCCUCUGCCGCCCCCAACGAUGUCGCCGCCGCGCCCACCCCGGGCCCCUACCAAAACAUCUCCAUCGUCCGCGCCAACGCCAUGAAGUUCCUCCCCAACUACUUCCCCAAAGCCUCCCUCCGCGCCCUCUUCCUCCUCUUCCCCGACCCCCACUUCAAGGCCCGCAAACACAAAGCCCGCAUCGUCUCCCGCACCCUCCUCGCAGAGUACGCGUACGCCCUCCGCCCCGGCGCCGUCGCCUUCACCGUCACGGACGUCGCAGACCUCCACCGCUGGAUGGCGGCCCACUUUCGGGAGAGCCCGCUGUUCGAGGCCGUCGCCGAGGAGAGGCUCAGGGAGGAGGGGUGGGGCGCGGUCUUGGAUGCUGUUAUGCGCAAUACGGAGGAGGGGAAGAAGGUCGAGAGGAACGGCGGCGAUAAGUUUUUGGCGUGCUUCAGGCGCGUCGUCGUCCAGCGCGUCGAUGACGACGACGACGGCGGCGGCGACGGCGACGGCGGCGGCGGCGACAACAUGUCGUCGUGA